AUGCGAGACCAACUGCAUACCUGGAUUAUCGGACGACGCGAGGAAAAGAGGAUUAUCUUCUCGAUCAUCGCCAUUGUUUCCUGCUCGUGCGUUCAACAGUGGCCAAGCUUCAUUGAAUCGAUUAUCAAGGUGGUCCGGCUGUCGAUUGCGCAGGUGCUCACCGUCAUCGCGCAGAAGCAGAAGGCCGCGCUGAGGGAGGCGUACAAGAACAAGAAGUAUCUGCCGCUCGAUCUCCGUCCUAAGAAGACCCGCGCCAUCCGCCGUCGCCUCACCAAGCACUAG